AUGUUAGGUGGGGUACGGCUUAAAGUAUCUUAUACUCACGAGAGGUCUUGUUUUGCUUACAUCAGUCCAAAGUACAGUACAAAUAAUGAACAGACACAAAUUGUACAAGUACUAGUUAAAGAGAAACAGAUAUUCCUAUGGGUGGUAUUCAGUAGUAAUAUACCUGAAGGUUACAUAGCAUGCAAUCCUAUUUACUGCAGGCUGAUUGCUUUGGAAGAAGGUAGCGAAGUGUUUGUUUCACCAUUUAGCAGUAUAAAAAUUCUGGAUGAGCUAUAUAUUGAUACUGAGAGUCCUGAUGAUCAGGAAAUACUGGAACAAAAUGCAGGGGUGUUGCAACUUCGAAUUUUAGAUCAACUGAGGCUUGUAGUAGCACAUCAAAAAGCAAUUGUUUGGAUAUCGACAUCAAUGCCUAUAAUUUUUACACCGAAACAAACUGGAAUUAUUGUAAACCACAGUAGAGUAAUUGUUAAAAUAGAUGCUUUUAAUAGUUUCCACAGUAGUAUACCAUACCAAGUGAAUCUCCCCAAAGACACUGGAACUAAGUUUCAUAACAUAGGCAUAAUUAACAAUGCUUUAUUGCAACCGUAUAUGAAUGCACCAAAAAAAAUAAUUUUAAGAGCAUUGCCACUUGAUAGUGAUGGUAAGAAGAAUAUAAUACAUCCAUACAUUGUUUUUGUACAUGAAGAUUUAAUAGAUGCAAAGUAUAAAGAAUUAACUGUGAUAUUAGCUACAAUGGAAAGCAUACCCUCAAUAGUAAAGGACAAUAUUGAAGAUGAGAAUGAUAUAAACAACAAUCAAAUAGAUGGUAUCUGUGUUGAAUUAGUACCCAUUGACAAUGUUGUAUUUAGGAGUCUCUGUCAUGAAGUCUACAAUAUUGAUAUACCAACAGUACUUGUACCAAAAGCUUUAAAUGCUAUAGUAAAUAUAGAAAAUGGUACUAAGAUAUUGUUUAAUAUAAUUGGUGAUAAAGUGGAGCAUCCGGAACACAUAGAUAUUGUGACAUAUUCAGAGAAAACUCAGGCUGAAAUUGAUGUUAUAGAGAAAUUUAAAAGAUGUGUUGUUAAUAACACACAUUCAGGUAAAAAGUUUCUCAUUAACCAUAAUAUGAUUAAACAAAAUACACAAAUAAGCUCUGGGUUCUUGCAAUUUAAACUUAAACCAGAAAACAUGAAGUAUACUAUGCUUAACUCAGAGUCAUUUCGACAGUGUACUGUAGCUGCUAAGUGCCUAUGUGAUACUGAAUUGAUGCUUCCAAAGCCUGUUUUAUCCAACCUAGAAUAUGAUUAUAAAAAUUAUUGCAGAAGCAUGAAAUCUGUUCAGAAAUUAGUUGAAAAAGUGGUAUUGCAUUUACAAUUUGAAAUACACAGAGAAGCGAGUUUCAAAGGAGUUUCAGAAAUUAAAAGCAAUGUGCUUAUUACUGGACUAAGUGGAACUGGAAAAACUUCCUUAUGUCACAUAGUCCAGAAAGAAUUGACAGUAUGGUCACACAUUUUGCACUGUAGAUCGCUGAAGGGUCGCAAAGAUAUACCCGAGGUUUUUGGCAAAACAAUACUAAUGUGCCAGGAACAUAGUCCCGCUGUUCUCAUUUGUGAUGAUUUGGACUCACUGGUAUCACCUAAUGUGGAAGGUGCUUCACCUCAAGAUAUAGCUUACUAUCAACGACUUGCAGUGGUUAUAAAACAUUUACUUCAAACAUGUUCUGGCGUGUGUGUACUGAUGACCUCACUGAGCAUGAAAUCCCUGCAUUCCGUUUUGAGAAAAUUUAAUGGGAAACCAUUGUUUACUGCUCAUUUUGACAUUCCAGAACUGGAACAGGAGGAACGAGUAGAACUAUUAAAGCAUUUAAUAAACGAAAAAGUCCGUGCGUCAUUCGAAGUGUCCGAUGAUGACGUCAUAAAAAUGGCGAUGGACACCGCCGGUUGCAGUGCCAGGGACAUUAUGGACUACCUCAACAAGAUGAUUUUCAAGGCUGUGAAAAAGAAGAAAGCGCAUCCAAAGCCGCGACUAAUAGAAGACAUAACAAAGGUUGAUGACAAAGCAAACGCCUUUGACAUAUGGGCGCCUGUUGGCGGUAUGGAGGAGGUUAAGCAAGUGCUGACUGAGUGUAUAUUCUGGCCAUUAAUGUAUCCCGCACUGUUUCCGUCACAAUCGUGCGGCAUUCUGUUGUACGGGCCCCCGGGCACUGGCAAGUCGCACAUCGGCUCCUGUCUGGCACGCCUCACUAAUAUGAACCUGAUAACUGUGAAGGGACCCGAACUCCUGUCCAAGUAUAUCGGGCAGAGUGAAAAGGCCGUAAGGGAUAUAUUUGACAAGGCUGAAAUGAAACGGCCAUGCAUUUUGUUCUUCGACGAGUUCGACAGUCUCGCGCCUAAACGUGGUCAUGAUUCGACGGGUGUAACGGACCGUGUGGUUAACCAGCUGCUGGCGCGAAUGGACGGUGCGGAAGGGGGGGCGCGUGGUCCAGUGCUGGCUGCCACCUCGCGACCAGACCUCGUGGACCCCGCGCUGCUGAGGCCCGGCAGACUGCAGAGGCACGUGUACUGUGGACCACCCGGGCAGAGUGAUCGAUACGAGAUACUGAAAACACUAGCUAAGGACGUCGCGAUAGACGACGAAGUAGAUCUUCAGGAGUUGGCGCAGAGAACGGAAGACUUUUCACCAGCCGAUCUCAAGUCCUUGCUGAUCACAGCGCAGCUGGGCCGGUUAGAGAAACAACUGGUAAAUAACGAAGGAAAUCAUUUGGAAUCUGUAGUCGUUUACAAGGAAGACAUCGAGACUGCUUUAAAAGAGACCAAACCGUCGCUUUCAAAGGAGCAAAGACUUUUUUAUGAUACGAUCUAUAGGAGAUUUAGAGGAGAGCCGCUAUCGCCUGAGCAGAUGUCGAUCACGCAACAAAUGCAGAAGCAACGCGUCACUUUGGCUUGA